ACUAAUAUCUUUAUUCUGUACGUGUUCUUGAUCUUGUGUUAAUUAAUUCAAUUAAGAUAAUAAUAAAGUUAUAGCUUAGAGAAGAGUGGUCGCUUUCCUUGUUUGUAACAUUAUUAAUAUUGUUUUUGUUAUCCGACCACCCAUCCCAGAUGCUUUAUGUUGAUUCUCUUUAUCUCUGUUGAGUAUUUGAUAGCCAAAGCAGGCCCUUCUCUCCUGCUGCUUCCUUAAUCACCUACAUCCGUACACAGAAGAAACACAAUCCUUUUCUUUCUCUCUUUCUUCUAGUGUUUUUUUUUUUUUUUUUUUUUGAAUUUUGUAUGGUAAAUUGUUUGGGAAGAUGAUGGAGAUGAAGAGUGAAGAUCUGCAUGCAGGGGGGAGAAAUGAUGAUGAAAACCCUAGUGGGUUUGAUGGUUUAGAGGAGGAGGAAGAAGAAGCAAUAUUGGGUGUUGUUGAGAGACAGAUCUGGCUUUCGAAUGAUAUUCAAGAAGAUCAUCAACUACUUGCUGAUGUUCAUGAUGGUUCAAUCUUUUACAAUGACUUCCCUCCUCUCCCGGAUUUCCCUUGCAUGUCGUCGUCGUUGUCAUCUUCGUUGAUUCCGGCACCGGUGAAGGCUAUCAUGUGCUCCUCGUCGUCGUCUUCGGCGUCUUCGUCUUCUUCGGCGGCUUCUUGGGCCUUGCUGAGGUCAGAUGCAGAGGAAGAUGUGGAGAAGAAGAACAACCAUUACAAUCAUAAUUCAGUGGACGCACCACCGCCUCCGCCGCAGCCAGCAGCCUCCAUGGAGAUCUCUCAGCCGCCUGAUAACAACAGCAGCUUUGAAGCCAUGGAUUGUAUGGAUCUGAUGGAGACCUUUGGGUACAUGGAUCUUGUUGAAAGCAACGAUUUCUUUGAUCCAUCAUGUAUCUUUCAGCAAAAUCAUGAGGAUAAUUACCAACACCAAGAGCAACAACACGAUGAUCAGCAGCUGCUGUUACAGAACAACAACAACGAAGAGAUCAUCAUCCAUGAAGAGUCGUCGACGAAGGAUAACCCAGAUGAGAUGGCGUCGGUGUUCUUGGAGUGGCUUCGAACAAACAAAGAAUCUGUCUCUGUUGAAGACUUGAGAAGCGUGAGGAUCAAGAAAGCCACUAUAGAGUGUGCGGCAAAGCGGUUGGGUGGAGGAAAGGAGGCCAUGAAGCAGUUAUUGAAACUUGUACUCGAAUGGGUUCAAACUAACCAUCUUCACAAAAGGCGCACCAAAGAAUCUCCCACCAAUUUUCAUAUUCCCAACCAAUAUUACCAAGACCUCCUCCAAAACCCUAACCCUAACCCUAAUGGAUUCCUCACCCACUCCCAAUGGAUUCCUCAGCCACCGCCACCACCACCGCCUUCUUAUAUGUCGGAACCGACGGCGGCAGCGGCGGCUUAUCCUUCGAUGGUUGGGUAUAUGGGUGAUCCCUACACAGCAGCAACCGAGUAUCACAUGCAGCUGGAGUCCUCACAGUUUGGUCUGGCGUCUCAUUACAACACAUUUCCAGACAACAAUAUUAAUAUUCACACCGCGGCGGCGGCUCCCCAAGCUUUUGCAAGCUAUGGAAAUCAUCAUCAUCAUCAAUACCCUUAUCAUCAACAAUAUUUUAAUGGGCAUGGGGAGAGGCUGGUGAGGUUAGGGUCUUCAGCUACUAAAGAAGCAAGGAAGAAGAGGAUGGCGAGGCAAAGGCGGUUCUUGUCACACCAUAGACACCAUCACAACCAGAAUAAUACAGAUCAUCAUCAGCAGCAGCAGCAUGCAAGGCUUGGGAAUGACAAUUGCACCCCCGCCGCCCCAGCACCAGCUCAGCCCAAUCCGGCCAACUGGGUGUACUGGCCAGGGGCUCCUUCGGCCUCUCCAGUGAUUCCGGUGGAGGUGGCACUGUGUCAUCCGGCCGAUCGGACCGCCAUGCAACCCCAGAAUGUCCCGGGCCGGGUUGCACCGGAUAGACGACAGGGAUGGAAACCUGAGAAGAACUUGAGGUUUCUUCUCCAGAAGGUAUUGAAGCAGAGUGAUGUGGGUAAUCUUGGAAGAAUUGUUUUGCCCAAGAAAGAAGCAGAAACCCAUCUUCCAGAAUUGGAGGCCAGAGAUGGAAUUUCUAUUGCCAUGGAAGACAUAGGGACUUCCCGUGUAUGGAACAUGCGCUACAGUUACAGGUACUGGCCAAACAAUAAGAGCAGGAUGUAUCUGCUGGAAAACACAGGAGAUUUUGUGAGGGCCAAUGGACUCCAGGAAGGAGACUUCAUUGUCAUCUACUCAGACGUCAAGUGUGGCAAAUAUAUGAUACGAGGAGUGAAAGUACGGCAACCAGCUGGGCCGAAAUCCGAGAGCAAAAGGGCAGGAAAAUCGCAGAGAAACCAGCAUGGAGCAGCAGCUGCAGCAACCAAUCCAGCUGGAGCAAAUGUUGCGUCAUCUUCACCCACCGCGCACAAAAAGCAGUGAGAUAUGCCGAAGCAAUAACAUAACAAACCCCCCCACAGCAUGCCACUUCUCUUUCAUGCAAAAAGAUGAAUGGACAAAUGGACGGCCAGGAUAUUAUGGAGUUGUUGGAUUGCAGCUACCCCGCCCUUGAUUCCUUCUCAGUCAAAAAGCCUCCACUUCUUCCGAGAGAGUAAUGAGGAGUACUAAAUAGGCACGCUUUUACUGUGGUUGGCUGGCU